GGCUCCUUGAGGUGUUCGUCGUGUGUUCUAGGUCUGGGCUUCGUGACACAGCGGCUGCCGAUGGUGCCAUGAGGCAGGAAGAAUGCGCACGGCCCGGCCAGGAAGCAGCUCCACGAUCGGCUGCGGCGGGGCGAUUCCAAGCAAGUGUCUAGUCUGGCAGGUAACUUCGGCGCAGGCGAAUUCCAUGACUGUCGUGGUGGAAUGAGCUGGAGCGCUCGACGAUGGCUUGCGAGACGAGGGCUUUAGAGCAGGGAUUAAGCUUCUUUGCGUGGUGAGAGCACUUCUCAAGAAGAUCAGGAGAAGAGUCUGAUAGUGUUUUAAUCUCGGGAACACGACUGGAAUACCUCUCGCAGUGGUGCUCAACAAGGCGGAUCUUGUUACUCAGGAGUUUUCAGGUGAAAGAUAGCUGGGAGAAGUGGAGUGGGGAUAUAAACCAUACAUAUGCAGUGUAGAGACUGGUAUGGGGCUUCAUCUCCUCGAAGAUAAAACAUCAGACCAAGUGGAGUCGGAAAAUCAAGCUUGAUCAACGUUCUACGCAGAAAGUCUUGCCUUCCUGCUACUGUCAUACGAUCCCAGUUUGAGGCUGCCACUGUGGCCUUCGGCACCAGAUGACAUCCAGGCACUAGACGAAGUUGACGAUGAAGUCAUUCGCGUAAAUGAGGUGUCGUAUCGAACUGGAUCCGGACGACACACGACGCGGCACGUUUCUCUCUUGCAUCUGCCAUUUAGAGGGGCUAUGCUGAUACUCCAGGUUUCAGCUAUCCCAGCUUGUCAAUGGUGACAAGUAACUCAUUAGCAUUGCUUUUCACUGAGGUAUUUUUUGUCAGCUUCUUCUUAUCCUGAUUGAGCAUAGCUGGAUCAGCUGGUCUCAGCUUUUACUACUCAGCUAGACAGGAUCAAGGCCUGGAUACAAUAGCCGAAGGCUCAAGAUAACAACGAAGAAAUGGACAGGCAGGUUCCGAGAUUUACAGCAAGUCAUAUCCGCGCUGGUGGCCUGCGGGAGUAAGCAGCAGCGACCAGAGCUUCAGCGGCGUUGUCAGGUUGAUGUUGCUGUACAGGGUCAUGUCUCUCCACUCUCGUCAGGGUGGUCGCAGAGCAUUCGCUCGGCUUGGUCAUGCUGAUGAUCUGGAAGCACAGGCUUGACAAAGUUGAGCGUGCUUUCGCUCUGGCACUGAAAGGCUCGGCUCAAAAGUAUUCAUGCAAUGAGCUGGAGGUGGUGACUGGGAACUUCGCUUCGAGCCUUGCCUUUGGAAUGGCGGUCAAGCGAGCGCCUGGAGAACCGCAACCAGAGUGAUGGCUUUUUGCUUUGUGAGCUCACAGUUCUUCCGGUUGUGUUGAAGGCUGUGGAGUAGGAGCUGGAUGAGAGGAAGCAUAUGAGAAAUUUGUUGCUUCACUGAGGGGCGUGCUCAUGAUCAAUCCAGUGUUUUUCAUCUCCUGAGUACCUCUCGUCGAGAAAGAGAAAAAUCUUACGACGAGAACUUAGUGAAAGUUCGAGAUCUUUAUUCCCCGUCCAAAUCCGAGCUUGCCAUCUUCCUGCUGGUGCCUAAAAAAACAGAUCGAAGUGUGAUUGUAGUUCGGUGAAAAUAUGAUACCACAUUGUUUGAUUGCUUGAUCAAGUACGAGAUGGUAUACUUCUAGGGUCUUAGAAGUUAGAAGGGUGUCUGGCCAUGGGGAUGCGAGCGUGGAUCUCCUACCGCUACAAAGGCGUCUACUAUCUUCUCUACAAGCAGUGGGUGCAGCUCGAGUACGUCGGCGAGCGUCUCGUAGCGCUGCUCGCGGAUCAUCCGGACCCGGAAGAGUGGAGGCGCCUGCUCGACAAGGCCGUCUUCAUCCAGUGCGGAGGUAAAGAGAGAAGCGAGCAUCAACCCUCGGACGCGAUCAUCGACGCUGUCCGCGACUACACGCUUGGUGGUGAUGACUGGCGCAAACGAGAAUACCUGGAAGAUAUGGGGCGGAUGCAGUAUCACUCCAUCAGGAGCGUGGGUGAUGCUGUGAUAGCGAGCAUGGCUGCCAUUCUUGACGACCCGGUCCAGUUCCGGGCCUUCAUCCGGAACGAGGCCGAGAAGAAACUGGGAGGAGGAAACGGAUGGGCGUUCCUGUGCCGGAACAUCGAGUCCCAAGAGCGACUCUGGUUUCGCUUGCUCGAGCUCGGCAUGUUCGUGUCGAAUCGAGAGCCGGUGAUGGAGCAGCCGGAGCUUGAUCUCAUGAUGGAGUACGUCUACAUCAUCGACUUGGAUGCCGGGACUUUCUCGGUCAGCUCCUGCCAUGUUCUAAACUCGGGUACCUGGAAGAUGGGGGAGAUCCCCAAGAACUGGCUGCGACGUCUCCAGAUUCCAGUACCCUGGAUCGAGCUGGCCAUUGCGUACUCGCCCGCUGUCAAGAAGAUCGUCCUGGAGAGGCUCAACUGCGGUGAGAACUGGCUGUUUCGCAUGGUGGUCGACAAGCUCAGCGCUCCAUACCAGAGCUUCGACGAGUGUCUCAACAUCCUGCAGCUCAUCCAGAACUUUUUGUUCGUCGAGGACGAUGAUCAUGGUAAAACUGCGUAUGCCAAGAUCAGGAAGAGCCAGGUGCAUCUACCGUGGGAGGGAGCUCCAGCAGCUGAUCAGGCCCAGGAGGCACCACAGGCUGACGAGGAGGACGAGGAGGACGAGGAGGACGAAGAGGGAAGGUGCCGCAUAAGGGAUGACGGGCAGUUUGCAUUGCGCACGGUUUUAGCGGUCCUUUCUAUGUGCCAACUUAGGGAACUCUUCUCGUGAAAACUUGUUCAUCAUUGUUAUCAGUCAACCGCUCCUUCCAGCUUUUAAAUUGGGAUCGCCGCUCGACAAGGUGGAUCUAGAACAUUUUGUGCUGCAGCUGCUGCAUUCGAGAUUCUCAUGUUGUUUUUCUUUUGUCUUGUUUUAAAUGUAGCGUCUUCUAAGGCAGUAGUAACCCGCGAA